AUGCUCGGUCGAGUUUUGGUUGCGCCAACCCGCGCACUCCGUGCCCAAACAUUUGCUUUCCGUUCCUUUUCGUCAUGCGCAGCUCGCUUUGAAUCACUUCCCACAAAGGAGCAAGUUGCCACGCCUUACAAGGCCCGUGGUGAGUUUGUUCGCCCGAAGGUUGAGGGCAGCGCCAUUGUCUCGAAUGUCGAGACACCUGUUGCAAAGCCCAGCAACCCUCAGUCCUUGGAGGAAUAUGGAACGGAUCAGGCUCCUAAUCGGGCUGGAGUAUGGAGUGAGUCUCAGCGCCCAAAGUCGGACGCUAUGAAGGGACCACGCUUCGAACAGAUGGACCCACGCUUCCAGCCUCAAACUUUAUCCGCUAUGGAGCUUGUCAGCAACCAACCUAUCCAUUUCACCAACAAGCGCGUUGUUUCUUGCGAUGGAGGCGACGGUCCACUUGGUCACCCUCGCGUAUACAUUAACCUGGACCAGCCAGGUCCCAAGGCUUGUCCAUACUGUAGUACUCGGUACCAGAAGGUGGAAGAGCACGAGUAA